AUGACUGUCGGCUCAUCUCCAGAGCCCCGUGAGCCUUUUUCUUCUGACCCUUUCUUCUCAGACCCCUUCUCUCCCCAGCCUUUCACUUCUCCACAAAAUACCCACGAUAAUUAUUCUCGAGAAUACUCUCGAGCCACUACGCCACAAAGCUCCAGUUCAAACGAUUCCGAAAACACGUUUGUCGGCACGCCAAUGAAACACAAUGCGAGAGACUCCUCCGACGAGGAGGCGAGCGUCGGAAUGCCCGACCUCCAAGUCCAGAAACGCAUGUUCACAUUUCUCUUCAGCAAAAAGGUUCCGCCGGUUCCCCUUCCCGAAGAAAGAAGAGAAUACCCGUGGAAACGGGCGCGCUAUGCUAGUCGAAUGGUGUUUUUCUGGCUCUGGCCGGUGCUUAUCAAAGGAUACAAGAGGACGCUUGUUGCGGACGACUUGUGGUAUUUGCCAACAGAACUCACAGUGGAGGACAUGCAUCGGCGCUACCGAGAAAAUCUCGACAAGAUCCUAGCGACAAGAAAAGACAAGGAGGAAGAGUGGCCCGUUUGGGCGGUGCCGCUAGCGCUUUACAAGACGUUCAAGUUCGACUACACAUUAUCGUGCAUCUUUUUGGCGAUUUCGUUCGUGUGCCAAGCGCUUUCGCCUUUAAUCACGCGGCGUUUGAUUGAUUUCGUCCAGGACAGGUACUUUGGGCUCGAAACAACAUACAACAAGGGAAUUGCUUACACGAUCGGAGCGGUGGUUCUCAUUUUCAUCAACGGGUUGCUUUUGAACCACUUUUUCCACAAGGCCAUGGCCACGGGAGCUUGUGUCAAGCUGGUCUUGACCAAGGACGUCCUAGUCAAGAGCUUUGCGUUGCUGGCGCAGCUGAGACGGCGUUUUCCUGCGGGCCAAAUCACAUCUCUUAUGAGCACAGACUUGCUGCGGGUGGAUUUGGCGGUGGGAUUCCAGCCGCUUGUGGUGUGUUUCCCGAUCCCCGUGGUGAUUGCCGUGGUGCUUCUAUUGCACAAUAUCGGAGUGACGUCGCUUGUGGGCAUUGGGCUUUUCUUUGUUUCGCUCGUGGCGUGUGUUCUUCUCACGUCCAAGUUGUUCUUCACCAGAGAGGCGGUGGUGGAGCACACCGACGAGCGGAUCGGGUUGAUGCGGGAGGUUUUGGCGCACUUGAAGGUGAUUAAGUUCUACGCGUGGGAGUUGGCUUACAAGGCCAACAUUACCAAGGUGCGGGAGCGGGAAAUGCGGUACUUGUUCACCAUCAAGGUGUUGAGAAACUUCAUCACGGCGUAUGCGGUGACAUUGCCCACGUUGACGUCGAUGGUUUCGUUUGUGACGAUGUGGGCCACGGGCAAUAUGAAGCAGACGGGCCAGGUUUUCCUGAGUUUGUCGUUGUUUUCCAUUUUGGCGCAGGCGAUCAUGCUCUUGCCCAUUGCUUUGGCCACGGGCGCGGAUGCGACCAUUGGUUUCAGGCGGCUCCGCGAGUUUUUGUCUGCGGAGGAGCAGGGCGCGAGCGGGAUCGAAAAGCCGCACGCGGAAUGGGCGUUGCAGGUGGAAGACGCCGAUUUCCAGUGGGGCGGAGGAGAUGGGGCGGACGAGAUGGAUGAAAAGGAUGAAGAAACCAAAAAGUGGAAGCGUCAGACGGCAGAACAGACGGCAGAACAGACGGCAGAAAGAGAGACGCCGCAAGUGCGGCGGCCCGCACAUGUGUAUCGGCCGGACAUUGCGCGGCCUGCCCAAAACAUCCGCAUCUCUGUGCCGCGCGACGACUUGGCGGACAUUUCCACUGCGGAAAUCGCCACGGCCCAAGUGGCGCGGAACAUCAGAAACAACAGAAACAACGGAAACAGCACAGACAACGGAAACAGCACAGACAACAGAGACAACAAGACGAAAGGCUUCCACCUCGCCCACGUCACUCUAGCCAUCCCCGCCGGCAACUUUGUCGUGGUGACGGGCGCCAUUGGGUCGGGCAAAACCACGCUUCUCCACGCGCUCGCCGGGCUCAUGGAGAAAACCCACGGCAAGUUUGCCGCGCGCGAAACGCUUCUCUGCGGCGCGCCCUGGAUCCAAAACGCCACCGUGCGCCAGAACAUUUUGUUUGGCCGCCCCAUGGACUGGGCCCGCUACCACGCGGUUUUGCACGCGUGCUGCUUGCAACAGGAUCUUCGCGAGCUUCCGGGCGGCGACCAAUGCGAGAUUGGCGAGCGCGGCGUGACGCUUUCGGGCGGGCAGAAGGCGCGCCUCAGCUUGGCGCGCGCCGCCUACCGUGGGGCGCCCGUGAUGCUUUUUGACGAUGUUCUUUCGGCAGUCGAUGCUCGUGUGGGCAAGCACAUUGCCACGCACUUGUUCCACGGCCUUUUGCAAGGAUGCACGCGCAUCGUGGCCACGCACCAGCUCAGUUUGGUGCGUUCCGCCGACCAGGUUGUGUUUUUGGGCGACCGCAUCGAGGUCGGGCGGCCGCGCGAGCUUUUGGCGCGCAGCGCAGGCUUCCGCCUGUUGAUGGCCCACGACAGCACCGACACACACACAAACGGAGGCUUGGACGGCGACGAUGGCUUGGACACCGCCAACAGCGACUUUGACGACGACACGCUCGGGUCCGACAACUUGAGCAACGCCAGCUUGCGCCGCAAGAGCGACCAGUUUUCCGCCAUUGUGGCCGAAGACGUGGCGGUCAACGCCGUGUCGUGGGACGUGUACCGGCAGUACAUUGUGCUUGGCGCCGGGGUGUUUGGCCGCCUGGCGGUGCCGGUGUUUCUCUUUCUCGUGGCGUUGGCCACGUUUUGCCAGUUGUUCACCAACACAUGGCUUUCGUUCUGGAUGGAGGGCAAGUUCCGCUUGCUGGACCGCUUCUACGUGGCGUUCUACGUGCUUUUCGCCGUGUUGACCGUGUUCGUCACCGGCAUCCAGUUCACCAUGUUGGCGUACAUGAACAACCGCAGCGCCGAGCUCUUGAACGUUCGGGCCAUGGAAAAGGUUCUCCAUGCGCCCAUGAGCUUCAUGGACACGAAUCCCAUGGGCCGCGUGCUCAACCGCUUCACCAAGGACACCGACAGCGUGGAUAACGAGAUUGGCGAGCAGUUGCGUCUCUUCAUUUUCCCUGCGGCAACCAUAGUUGGCAUUAUCAUCUUGUGCAUCUGCUACUUGCCGUACUUUGCCAUUGCCGUGCCGUUUUUGGCUGGCGUGUUUGUGUUUUUGUCCGACGUGUACUCGGGCUCGGCCCGGGAGAUCAAACGGCUCGAGGCCGUGCAACGGCUGGUGGUUUACAACAACUUCAACGAAACCCUCACAGGCAUGGCCACCAUCCAGGCGUACCGGGCCGAGCAGGAUUUCGUUGCCAAAAACGACCGCUUGUUGGACCGCAUGAACGAGGCGUACUUGUUGUCCAUCGCCACGCAGCGCUGGCUCUGUGUGCAUUUGGAUGUCAUUGCGCUGAUGUUCGCUCUCGUUAUUUGCAUGUUGUGCAUCACUGAGCAGUUCAACAUUUCGGCGUCGCUGACAGGGCUUUUGCUCAACUACGUGAUUCAGAUUGUGGGCUUGUUGUCGUUGACGGUGCGGGCCAUGACCCAGGUUGAGACGGAAAUGAACUCUGUCGAACGCUUGCACGAUUAUGCAUUCCACAUGCCGCAAGAGGCGGCCUACGAGAAGGCGGAGUCUCGGCCUGCUCCCGAAUGGCCUAUGGCCGGCUACAUCAACUUCCGCGACGUGAGUUUGCGCUACAGACCCCAGUUGCCGUUGGUGCUCAAAGAUUUGAGCUUUGGCGUUUAUCCCGGCGAAAAAGUGGGCAUCUGCGGCCGCACCGGCGCCGGCAAGUCGUCUCUCAUGACGGCGCUUUACCGUUUGACUGAGUUGGAGUCGGGCCAGAUCACCAUUGACGGCGUUGAUAUCGCCCACAUUGGUCUCCGCGACUUGCGGUCCCAGUUGCUGAUUAUCCCACAAGACCCGGUUCUUUUCCAAGGCACGGUGCGGCGUAAUUUAGAUCCGUUUGGCGAAUACUCCGACAGCGUUUUACGAGACGCCAUGCGCAGGGCCGGCGGAGUGCUGGAAAAGUUUGCUUUGGACAGGGCCGUGGACGAUGAUGGCGGAAACUUUUCCUUGGGCGAAAAGCAGCUUGUGGCGUUGGCCAGGGCCUUGGUCCGGGGCCUGAAGAUUUUGAUUUUGGACGAGGCGACUUCGUCUGUGGACUAUGCAACGGACGCUCGGAUCCAAGAGACUAUUGCCCGUGAGUUUUCCCACUGUACCAUUUUGUGUAUUGCUCACCGGUUGAAGACAAUUUUAAACUACGACCGUAUAUUGGUGAUGGACCAGGGCCGGGUGGUGGAAAAGGGUACGCCUUGGGCUUUGUACCAGCAAAAGGGUGUCUUUUCACUGAUGUGCCACAAGGCGCAGAUUGGUGAGGAGGACUUUGGAAAGUAG